AUGGCACUGAAGGAAGAGAACCCAGACGAUCUUGUCAUUUGCUCGACAGAGCUGACAUCUAGUAUACAACAGUGGUCGGUUAAACGCCGAGAAACCGUUGAAACGCUGCGAAGCUUGGCAGACGAGCUCAUGGAGCAUUACAAGAAUGUCCAUAUCGCCAAGGUGUCGGGUUCGUCGGCUUCUAUCGGCGGAUUCGUUAUGCUUGCGACUGGUUUUGGUCUCGCUCCUGUCACUUUAGGGACUUCACUCAUUCUCUCAGCCGUUGGAGGAGCCAUCUGCGCCGGAGGAGGCGCGACUGUUGCUGGUUCUAGCAUCGUACAGACGAAAAUUUUCAAAACAAAGCUUGCAGCUGCACAGGAAAUUAUCGACGCCGAUCGCAAAGCUCAGGAACCUGUUCAAGAACUCCUGGACGAUCUUUAUCGCCAAGUGUCCAAGAAAUCAUUGGGCAGUAUGAAAAAUCAGCUCGCGUGUAAUUUAAGCGUGGCUUUGCUAGUUAAAAACCUCGUUGAUGUGAGCAACGGGAUGCAUUUAACCGGCGUUAGUGUUGCUUCGACAGUAGCAAGCGAGGGAGCUGACGGAUUACUCAGAUCCAUUGGCAUAGCGGGUAACACUGCACGGAUUGGAAUAUUCGCAGUUAGUGUAGUGCUUCUCCCUCUUGACAUUUAUACAAUGGUGAAGUCAUUGACGGAAAUCGAUUCGGUUCGAAAAGGAAAGAAAGAAAGCGAGCCGGAGGCAGUGAAGAAACUAAGAGAUCUGGCAGAUAAUUUGGAGAAGGAAAUGGACGAAAUACUUCGGGCUGUCGACGAGUUCCAGCAAAGUGAAAUGGCCUCGAAAAUGGCCCAAACUUAA